AUGUUUGCAUCAUUAAAAUCUUAUUUUUCUGAAAAUACUUCUGAAUCCCAGGAACAGUUAUCAUCAAAGAUGGCCUCUGAGUCCUGUGAACAAUCUUCAUCAAAAGAAGAAAUUUCUAAAGACGAUGAUUCAUUUGUGACUAUUUCUGAAUCCCGAGAACAAUCACCUGCUUCUAAAUCUCGUGAAAAAUCUCCGUCCACAAAAGAAACUCUUAAAAACGAAGAUUUAUCGACAAAAGUAACUGGUAAUAUAAUGCAAUUUAUCAGUAGACUUCGUGGUGUUAAUAUAAUUAAUGAAAAGAUUUCAAUCGCUGAGAAAAGUAAUGUAUCAUCCGUUCCUAUCGAUGUUGAAGAUCUAAAAGAAAUUGGUAAAGAACUCACAUUUUUAACUAAAGGAGUAACAGAGUUAGCAAUUGCUCUUGAAGAUAUUAAUAAAACGACAAAGGAAGUAAAAUCAUGGGUUCAAAAUAGAACUGAUGAAAUAUCUGAAGAGAAAUUAC